AACCCUAAAGUCACCCCCCAACAAAGCAUAACGGCCUCUCCUCUUCUCUGUUUUUCCUUCUCUGCCAUUUCCGUUCUCUCCCCCAAAGCUUAUUUUUAACACUACUCAUUUUUUCACUCUCUCUAAACGACUCGCCGUUUUCGCAAACUUUUACACACACUUUUUGUUUAAUGUGUGCGUCUACGACAACCAGCAAUGACUGAACCUGAACGCGAACGCGAACGCGGACCACCGAGAUUCACCGUGGGCUACGCUUUGGCGCCGAAGAAGCAAAACAGCUUCAUCAGAGACUCGCUCGUUAAUCUCGCGAGAUCUCGCGGGAUCGAUCUCGUGAAGAUCGACACGACCCGACCUCUCGCGGAUCAAGGCCCGUUUCACUGCGUGCUCCACAAGCUUUACGGCCAAGAAUGGAAGGAGCAACUCGGCGAGUUCCGACUCAGAAACCCUAAUGCCGUCAUCAUCGACUCGCCCGACGCGAUCGAGCGGCUCCACAACCGAAUCUCCAUGCUACAGGUCGUUUCGGAGCUCGAAAUCGAGUCUCGGAGCUUAACGUUUGGGAUCCCGAAGCAAAUCGUUAUAUACGACAAGGAAACUCUCUUCGAUCAACAAUCUUGGGUGGCUUUGAAGUUUCCGGUUAUCUCGAAACCCUUGGUCGCCGACGGGAGCGCCAAAUCGCACAAAAUGGCUUUGGUUUACAACCACGACGGCCUCAACAAGCUCAAGCCCCCAAUCGUGCUCCAAGAAUUCGUUAACCACGGCGGAGUCAUCUUCAAGGUCUACGUCGUCGGCAGCCACGUACAGUGCGUGAAACGCAAGUCGUUGCCGGACGUGUCGGCCUCCUCUUCCUCUACUUCCGGCGACGCGGCGGUGCUUCCGUUUUCGCAGGUGUCGAACAUCGCCACCGACGAGAAAGCCGAGGAGAAGUACUACGAGAUGAUGGAUUUGGACGACACGAAGAUGCCGCCGCAGGAAUUCAUCGAAGGCAUAGCGAAUGGGUUGCGGGGAGCGUUGAAGUUGAACCUGUUCAACUUCGAUGUGAUUCGAGACGCCAGAAUUAGACUGGAGUGAAAGGUACGAGGGUUAAACUAUUGAUGAUAUCUUUCCAGUGACCUAGUGUGGGCUAGGGAUUAUAGAGGUGCCAUUGUUGCAUGCUUAUGACUUACCUAAUUCAAUGGUGUUUAUCUGUGGAGAAAGGGCUUGAGUGCUGACAUUAUAAACCUAGAUAAAAGAUAUUUGGCCUGCAGGCUUAUCUGUUGGUUGGUGUGAUCAUUGUCUACAGUUAUAUUUAUUUGUAAUGUACUUUGCUAUGGCCUAUGACCCAUAUUUUGAGGGGUUUACCAACUUUAAUACUGAUUAUUCUGUUCUGUAUUAGUGUUUAGAUCCCAACAAAUCACAAUGGUGUCAAAUUUCCAACACCUUGUAAUGUUUUCUGAUUCAUAAAACUUUUUGGUGUCUGAUUAAACACAAUGCUAGCUUUUACAUAGACUUACGAAACACUUGUAUGCAUUAUUUGAUAUAUGUCUUACAUGUAUAUAGUGUAAUAUGAUGAGUAUUUAUGCCUUCCAGCCCCCACUUGUAGAAUACUGUACUUGUGUUGGCUUUGCAAUGGCUUAUUGUCUGGAGUUUAAAGAUGAUUUUUUAAUGUUAUUGAAAUGUUAGAUUGAAUUAGUAGACGCGUUCAAAGAGUGUCCCAAAAUUGUUGGAGUCCAUUUAUACAAACACAUGUAUGGCCGUAUGGUUGAAAUGUCACGGCCACAAAUUCUGGUAGAGAUAUUAGUGUAGGAAAGGUGAUUGGGGUAAAGUUUAAAUUGAAGUGAAUACGUAGGACAAAUUGGGGAAUUUGUCUACAUGCGAGUGUGGAGGGUUUAAGGUUAGGUCUGUUAGGAGAACUUGUAGUUCUAGGGUUUAGAAUUGUUGAAGAAAGGAUUAUGGGGUUGUGUAAGAAUUAAAAGAUGGUUUGAUGAGUUAUUUUGAUGGCUAUUUGUUAGACGAAAGUAUGUGGAGUUUUAGGGUUUUGAUAGGUAAAAGAAAUGACUUGAUUUGGGGGUUGUAAGGAAGAAUGUAAAGAUAGGAUUUUAUGGUUUUCAGGGGCUGUAUGAAUACCGUACCCUUGAACAGUAUUACCACUACAAGAAAAGAACAAAAGAUGGAAGAGAAGGAGAGAAAAGAACCCACAAAGGCCAACAUGCCUCAAUGCUCAAAACACUCAAUACUUUUGUUAAUCAACAUCUCUCUCUCUCUCUCUCUCUGAGUAAAUUGAGAACAAAUAUAUAUAUAUAUUUAUAUAUAUUUUGACUCAAAGAAAAUA